AUGUCCGGAAACAAUAUUAAAGUCGUUUGCCGGUUUCGCCCACAGAAUAAAUUAGAAAUAAAAGAAGGAGGCGUUCCCAUCAUCGAACUAUCGGAAGACGGAACGGGGAUAUCUUUAAAGGGAAAAGACGCAUGCUCGUUCUCUUUUGAUAAAUGUUUUGGAUCAAAUACGAAACAAAGUGAAAUAUUUGAAUAUGCAAUCAAAUCAACUGUCGACGAUGUGGUUGCCGGUUACAAUGGCACCGUAUUUGCUUAUGGUCAAACGGGUGCUGGUAAAACCUACACUAUGAUGGGCUCCAGUAUUGAUGAUACCGAACAUAAGGGUAUUAUUCCACGUAUUAUCGAGCAGAUCUUUGCUAGCAUUCAAAUGUGUCCUACCAACAUGGAGUUCACAGUCAAGGUUGCUUACAUGGAGAUUUAUAUGGAAAAAGUCAAAGAUCUACUGGUUCCCCAUAAUGAUAACUUGCCUAUACAUGAAGAUAAAGUUAAAGGGGUUUACGUAAAAGGUAUUAAAGAAGUCUAUGUCGCUGAUUCAGCUGAAGUUUAUGAUGUGAUGCGAAUCGGUGGAGAAAACAGAGUUGUUGCGUCUACAAACAUGAACGCCGAAAGCUCAAGAAGCCACUCUCUAGUGUUGAUAACAAUCACACAAAAAAAUAUAGACACAGGUGCAGCAAAAAGUGGAAAAUUAUACCUCGUCGAUCUGGCAGGUUCGGAAAAAGUUGGAAAAACAGGAGCCUCGGGCCAAACCUUAGAAGAAGCCAAAAAAAUCAAUAAGUCACUCACCGCUUUGGGUAUGGUUAUCAAUGCUUUAACUGAUGGAAAGUCAAGCCAUGUGCCAUAUCGAGACUCAAAAUUGACGCGUAUCUUACAAGAAUCAUUGGGCGGUAAUUCACGUACUACGCUGAUUAUCAACUGUUCGCCGUCUUCUUACAAUGAAGCUGAGACGAUAUCGACAUUGCGAUUUGGCGCUCGUGCUAAAACCAUCAAGAACAAAGCUAAGGUCAACGCUGAUCUUUCACCUGCCGAAUUAAAAGCUUUGCUGAAACGUGUCAAAAUCGAUGCAGUAUCCUACAAAUCCUACAUUGCAGCAUUGGAAAAUGAAAUUAGUAUGUGGCGAUCAGGAAAAGUUGUGCCUGAAGGUAAAUGGGCCUCUAUUGAAGGAAAUAACAGCAGCAACAAAAGCAAACCUGCUCCAAUCACUACUACUACAACGACCUUUAAGCUAUCAACCGAUGAUGAUGGUAGUAGUCGACCUGUCACGCCUAGUGUGACAUUAGGCAAGGAUGAGAAGGAAGAAUUUAUAAAACGUGAACAAGAACUACUGGAACAGAUAGCCGAAAAAGCAAAUGAACUCUCUUGUCGCAAAAAACAAAUAGAUGAAAUUCAAAAAGUACUCGAAGGAUUAAAACAGAAAGAAAAAUCAAUGACCCAGGAGAACAAAGAGUUAUCUGCUCAAUUGAACGAAACACAAGUGCAAUUCGAAAAGGAAACCUAUGAGAAAAAAGAAGUGGAAAUCACCAUUGAUUCGCUGAAAGAAGCCAAUAUGGAGUAUCAAGCGGAACUAAAGGAACUGAAAGCGACAUUAGCAAGACUAAGAGAGAAAGAGGCUGAAAAUUUAGAAAAUUUAAAUAUUGCUGAAACAGCACAGGUAAGGAUGCACAGUGCUCAGGAAAGGAAAAUGGGAAUUGAAAUAGAGCUUAAUGCUACGGAUAUGACUCCAGAGGCUGUUACAGCCUUACGCCAAGAUUUGCGAAGCGUCAAGAUUUUACUCGACGAGCAUAAAGCAACUGUUGAAACUCUUCAGCAUGAGCGGGAUCUUAUAGCACAUAAGAAGGAAGAUUUUGAAAAGCGUAUCAGUACACUAGAGUCCGAUUUAGAAGAACUACUCGACCGAUCUAUUGCGAUGGAAGAAAUGGACAUUCAACAAACGGAUGACGAGCUAUUAGCAACUACAAUGGCUGAACUGAAGUCCAAACUGGAAAGUCAAUUCUUGAUGAAGAGCCAAAUGCAGCAAAAGGAAUUAGAAUCACUCAAAGAUGACUUGGCUAAGAAAACAAGAGAAGAGAUCAAAUUGCAAAACACAUUACGCGAGUUGGAACUGGCACAUGAAAAAUUAUUGAAAGUGAAAGAGGAAGCGGAAACUUCUUCGGCUACUGCGGCAACAGCAGGAACAGUGCAAACAAGGGAAAUCAUCGAGCAAAAAGAAAAGGAAUUAGAGAAGAUGCGUAGAUCUAUGGCGCAAGAAUUGGCAGAAUUUGAGACCAUGAAGAAGGUACUCAUGCGUGAUUUACAGAGUCGUUGUGAAAAGGUUGUGGAAUUGGAGAUCACUCUGGAUGAGACACGUGCGCAACAGAACAAUUUAUUGAGAGCCACUAGUAACAAAGCUCAGCAAAAGAAGAUGGCGCUUCUAGAGAGAAACCUGGAGCAACUAACAAACGUACAGAAACAGCUAGUGGACCAAAAUAUACAGUUAAAGAAGGAAACCGCUUUAUCUGAACGUAAAUUGACAGCAAAGAAUGAGCGAAUCCAGAAUUUGGAAUUGUUGUUGAAAGAAGCACAAAAUAAACUGUUGGUUUCCAAUGAAAAGUAA